AGAGCAGCUGCAGGGUCGCGCAUGAGCAAAGGGUCAUCGAGCGGCUCCAACCUUUUUCAUACCGGCCCCAACACAUCACCCGCCACCCACCCACGCCCCUUGCCGCCUUCUGCACCAGCCAUGGAGGCCGCAUCGAGCGGCAGCGCGAUAGGACGCCAAGAGAGCCAGACGGCUGCUGAUGAUGGUCUGCCUGAAUUGACCCCCACGGCGGACAUGAUUGCGCUCGACGAGGCAAUCGCAACACUGACUUUGGUUGGGGAGAUGGGUGGAGCAUCCAGUUCAUCCGCAUGUGCCGCAAUGCACAGCUUGCGGCUUGAUCAUCUGCAGCGCCAUGACCUCUCUGGUCUUCGCAGCCAGCUCCACCUGUCCCUCUUGCGCCUCUCCACUCCUCUCUGAUGCGAGACGAGCAGCGCUCGUGUCCAAACUUUCGGCCUCUCGCGAUCUUCUUGCGGACGCGCAGCGAGCUCGUCAAGCCCGAGUGCGCGAAGAGCGUAGAAAGGCGAGAGAGGAUCAGAGAGCUGCUAGACCUCCCGAGGAACUGUUUCCGGAACUGGGGGGAUCAGGCCUGAUGAAGAGCAGGCCUAGACCGGUGGAUGUAGCGAUGGGAAGAGCCGUGGUGCCGGAUGCAGAGAGAAAGGCGAAAGUUUUGACGCUCAAUUCGAAGACACACAAAUUGAAAGCUGCAAAGCCGAAGAAGAAGACGAAGGGCGUUUCGGAUAUCAAGCAGAGCCCUAGCAUCUCGCAAGGCAUAGCGGCAUCGAACUCCGGCCAAGCGAAUGUUUCCGUUGAUCGCGCUGCGCCUGCAGCCCAGCAGCUUCGAGAAGAGCCCGAGGAGUCGUCGGAAGAGGAAGAUGAGGAAGAGUACGAUCCUCUUGGAUUGGGACUGGUCCCCGAUCCUGACGACGACGGCUUCUCGAUGCACGGUCUUGCCGGUCCGCCGGUCCGCAUCGUGCCGAACGGAUCGGCUAGCGAAUCGCCGAGCUGGUGGGGUCUUGCACCUCGCUUGGAUGGCGAACCGUGCGCUUUGGGGUAUGUGCCUCUGCACGACAGACCCGUCUGGGGAGCAAAGAAGGCAGCGGAGGAGGAAGAGGUGGCUGCGAUGGAGAGGUCAAAGGAAGAAGAGGAUAAGAGAAAAGCCCCGCCUGGAAGCGAGGCAGUUCAGAAGGGAAGAGGUAGACAGAAGAGGAAAGAGAAACCGAAGCUGGGAAAGGACGUGGGCGCUCUGCCAUCGGUCUGAUGCGGCAAACUCUUUGGGAGGCAUUACGAAAGAUGAAAAGUCGUUUGGAUGCUGCGUUGGAGCAAUGUGGAUUUUUGGUGCAAGGAACAAUGCAGCAUUCACGAAUGCU